UUGAAGUAUUUUUAGGAAGUAUCUUGAAUACCCAUUGACACAAAAUACAAAAUUGAAUGAUGUUUUUUAAGUCUUUAAAAGUCCAAUCGAGGUUAGCUAAUAUAGGUAUUAUGUUCUUCCUCUUUAGAACUCUUUAGAAGUGGGGGAGGUUGGAUAUCUCAUGUCCACUAUUGCAUUUGUUAGUGCUAAACAAAAAGGUCAUAUUUUGAUUUGGGCUUCGAAAUGGAGUUUCCAUGAGAAAACACCUUUAUUACGCACGCAAACCUUACGCCCUAAAUUGGAUUUUGUGGUAAUGGAAUUAUUUAGGGCACACGUUUUUGCUCCUUCCUUCUCUCUGCUUUUCUUCUUUCUUUCAACAUCCCAAUUCCUAUAUAUAUAUAUAUCAUGACACUGUUCCUAACUCCAACACACUCCCCAGGGCACUCUCCUCUCUUCUUCACUCCACAUUCCAACUCCAAGCGUCUUGGUGUGCGGUACACAUAAAGCAAUAAAAACAGAAUGGGAGUUGGAGAUGUGUGUACGAAUUUUUGGGUUAUACUUAAUCAGAUCUUUGAACAUGUUAUUAGUUUAUUUAGGAGAUUCACUUUUGUAGUUCUAUCGAUGGGUUCGAUUCCUGCUCAUGUUGCUUUUAUAAUGGAUGGGAAUAGGAGAUAUGCAAAGAGAAAAAAGCUGGCUGAAGGGGGUGGCCAUAGGAUUGGGUAUUUGGCUUUGACAUUCAUGCUCAAGUAUUGCUAUGAGUUGGGUGUGAAGUAUGUAACUAUUUAUGCCUUCAGCAUUGAUAAUUUUAAAAGAAGUCCAGAAGAAGUUCAAGGUGUCAUGGAUCUGAUGUUGGAAAAAGUUGAAUUGUUGAUUAAAGAAGAAAGCCUUGUGAACCAAUAUGGAGUUAGACUUCGUUUCAUAGGAAACUUAAAAUUAUUGAGUGCACCUGUGAGGGACGCAAUUGAAAGAGCUAUGGAAGUCACUAGAAACAACAACAAAGCAGAACUUUCCAUUUGUAUUGCUUACACUUCCACUGAUGAAAUUGUUCAUGCCGUUGAAAGGUCUUGUGAAGAGAAAUGGAAUGAGAUGAAUUCAAAAACUUCAAAUGGAGUAGGAUAUGGUUUCAGCAAAUUAGAUGUGGCUAAAAAUGGUGACAACUCCAUAACAUUAGCUGAUGUCGAGAAGCAUAUGUAUACUGCCGUUACUCCCGACCCCGACAUAUUAAUUCGCACGUCGGGAGAGGCUCGCUUGAGCAAUUUCCUUUUGUGGCAGACCUCUUCAUGUUAUUUGUAUUCUCCUUCCGCACUUUGGCCAGAAAUUAACUUUUGGUAUUUUCUGUGGGCUAUCUUGAACUUUCAAAGAAAUAAUCAUCAUUUGGUAAAGAAAAAGAAACAGUUAUAGUCUUCAUUACUAGUUGUCUUAAGGAAAUAGAUUUGAUUAAUUUUUAUUAAGGUUCAUGUUUAGUUUAGCCCUACUAUUAUUGGGUAAGUUAAUGUCACUCUAUUAUCUUCUUUUGGAACACAUCUUAUGUAUGUUGUAUACAAGUUAUGAUAAUCAUACAACGAUUUUCCCA